AUGCCCCUAACUGAAAUUGUGCAAUACCUCACUGGGGGUGGUCCUCAGCAUGCCCCUAACUACCACACUGGGGGUGGUCCUCAGCAUGUCCCUAACUACCACACUAGGGGUGGUCCUCAGCAUGCCUCUAACUACCACACUAGGGGUGGUCCUCAGCAUGCCCCUAACUACCACACUGGGGGUGGUCCUCAGAGCACCACUUCUUCGGACUCUGAUUCUAUCAUUGUAACAUCUGGUGACUGUUCAUCGAUACAAUAUCUUGAACACGUGGUAGCUGACAUUACAUUCUCCUACACAGGCUUCAGAGGUGUAACACAGUUGUAUUUGGUGUCUCCAUCUGGUACCAGAAGCCAUCUGCUACACUACAGAAAUCAGGACGCUAUAGAUAAUCAAGCAGCAGGAAGUUUAACCUGGGAUUUUAUGUCAGUGCAUUUUUGGAAGGAAAAUCCAAUUGGAAGCUGGACCCUGGAAAUUAGUCUGCGAUUGGCUUUAGGAACAGUUACCUUAGACAGCUGGUCUCUAAAAUUGUAUGGCACUUCAACAGAUCCAUGGACAAUCGUGGAACAAACAACUUCACCAACUGCAGCAGACAUAACUACACACUUAGAUGUCACAACUAAAAAUGUUCUUACAACUGAGGUUUCGACGGAGCCAAUAACACAACGUACAACAACAAUACAAACAACAAAGAUAACAACUGAAUCAACAACAAGCACACCAAAUAUACCAACUACAGAAGUUACAACUGAAUCAACAACAAGCACACCAAAUAUACCAACUACAGAAGUUACAACUGAAUCAACAACAAGCACACCAAAUAUACCAACUACAGAAGUUACAACUGAAUCAACAACAAGCACACCAAACAUACCAACUACAGAAAUUACAACUGAAUCUACAACAAGCACACCAAACAUACCAACUACAGAAGUUACAACUGAAUCUACAACAAGCACACCAAAUAUACCAACUACAGAAGUUACAACUGAAUCAACAACAAGCACACCAAAUAUACAAACUACAGAAGUUACAACUGAAUCUACAACAAGCACACCAAACAUACCAACUACAGAAGUUACAACUGAAUCAACAACAAGCACACCAAACAUACCAACUACAGAAGUUACAACUGAAUCUACAACAAGCACACCAAAUAUACCAACUACAGAAGUUACAACUGAAUCAACAACAAGCACACCAAAUAUACCAACUACAGAAGUUACAACUGAAUCAACAACAAGCACACCAAAUAUACCAACUACAGAAGUUACAACUGAAUCUACAACAAGCACACCAAAUAUACCAACUACAGAAGUUACAACUGAAUCAACGACAAGCACACCAAAUAUACCAACUACAGAAGUUACAACUGAAUCAACAACAACAAGCACACAAAAUAUACCAACUACAGAAGUUACAACUGAAUCAACAACAAGCACACCAAAUAUACCAACUACAGAAGUUACAACUGAAUCAACAACAAGCACACAAAACAUACCAACUACAGAAGUUACGACUGAAUCAACAACAACAAGAACACCAAAUAUACCAACUACAGAAGUUAUAACUGAAUCUACGACUACGUUGUCAACUAUGAAACUUACAACUGAAUCAAUUACACCAAAUAUACCAACUACAGAAGUAACAGCUGAAUCUACGACUAUACUGCCAACAAUGAAAGUUACAACUGAAUCAACAACACCAAUUAUAACAACGACAGCAAAUGAGGGAAUAACAACUGAAUCUACAAAAACAAUUACGCCAACGAUAACGGCUAUGGAAGUUACAACUGAAUCUACAACACAAAAUGCGCCAACCAUGACACCAAUGGAAGUUACAACUGAAUCUACAACACAAAAUGCGCCAACCAUGCCACCAAUGGAAGUUACAACUGAAUCUACAACACAAAAUGCACCAACCAUGCCUCCAAUGGAAGUUACAACUGAAUCUUCGACACGAAUUACUUACAACUGA